CUAGGGGCCCACAGAGGCCAUUGUAUCUUGCUGGAGGGGACAGGGGAGGAGGCAAAGCCAGAGAUCUGGGGUGUGGGAGCUGCUGGGUCAUCUUUCUUGCAUUUUACAGCCAGCUCCCAAACACAGUUGCUUGCUGCUCCUGAAAGAGGCUGGGCCAGAGGGAGGUGGGGUCCCUUCCCCCUGUAGGGCUGGAUUGAAGGGGCCCCGCCCCGGGGGUUCCCGGAUGACUGGCCAAGGCCUUACCGAAGCCAGGGAGGGGAGAGAAGGCAGGCGUGGUCCUCUCCAGCAGGGCCUCCGGCUGUUUGGAAGGCCCUGGCGGCCCCCCAGGCCCUUGAGCCGAACCCCCUUUGCGGUCUGAUCUGAACCCUUGCCUGCCCCACCCCCUUCCUUCUGUACACUUCUGGGGCUGGCCUUUUCAGCUCUGGAAGCUGCCCAAGAGCAUAUCUUUGAAGCACAGCAAAGGAUGAAACUUCUGUGAGCAGUGAAGAUUUUGAUAUGAAUGACUCCACAUGGAUGUCAGCUGACCCACACCUGGCCUCCAGCCUGAGUCCCAGCCAAGACGAGAGGAUGCGGAGCCCGCAGAACCUCCAUAGCCAAGAGGACGAUGACUCCUCCUCUGAGAGUGGCAGCGGCAAUGGCUCCUCCACCCUGAACCCGUCCACAUCAAGUAGCACACAGGGUGACCCCGCUUUCCCCGAGAUGAAUGGCAAUGGCGCUGUGGCCCCCAUGGACUUCACCGCCACCACUGAGGAUCAGCCCAUCAACCUGUGUGAUAAGCUCCCACCAAGCACGGCACUCGGCACACCUUCCUACCCCUCCGACGGCUGCGGCACGGAUGGACUGCGGAGCCGCGUCAAGUACGGGGUGAAGAGCACCCCUGAGUCCCCGCCUUACAGCUCGGGGAGCUACGAUUCCAUCAAGACCGAAGUCAGCGGCUGCCCUGAAGACCUGACUGUGGGCCGGGCUCCCACAGCAGAUGACGACGACGACGACCACGAUGACCACGAGGACAAUGACAAGAUGAACGAUUCUGAGGGCAUGGACCCUGAGCGCUUAAAGGCCUUCAACAUGUUUGUGCGUCUCUUUGUGGACGAGAACCUAGACCGCAUGGUGCCCAUCUCCAAGCAGCCCAAGGAGAAGAUCCAGGCCAUCAUUGAGUCCUGCAGCCGGCAGUUCCCCGAGUUCCAGGAGCGGGCCCGCAAGCGCAUUCGCACGUACCUCAAAUCCUGCCGGCGCAUGAAGAAGAACGGCAUGGAGAUGACCAGACCCACGCCUCCUCACCUGACCUCGGCUAUGGCAGAAAACAUCCUGGCAGCUGCCUGCGAGAGCGAGACGAGAAAAGCCGCCAAAAGGAUGCGCCUGGAGAUGUACCAGUCCUCGCAGGACGAGCCCAUAGCCCUGGACAAGCAACACUCUCGGGACGCCGCAGCCAUCACCCACUCCACCUACUCACUGCCAGCCUCUUCCUACUCCCAGGACCCCGUGUAUGUCAAUGGCGGCCUCAACUACAGUUACCGUGGUUACGGGGCCUUGGGCAGCAACCUGCAGCCCCCUGCCUCCCUGCAAACAGGAAAUCACAGUAACGGGCCCACGGACCUCAGCAUGAAAGGCGGGGCCUCCACCACCUCCACCACACCCACCCCCACGCCCUCCAGCAACAGCACCAGCAGGACCAUGCCCACCGCCCAGCUCAGCCCCACAGAGAUCAGUGCUGUGCGGCAGCUCAUCGCCGGCUACCGAGAGUCUGCUGCCUUCCUGCUGCGCUCGGCAGACGAACUGGAAAACCUCAUUUUACAGCAGAACUGACCCCCAGCGGCACCUGGAGUGCACUACCCUAGGGAAGGAGGCUGCCCUGGACCCGGCUUCCUGCCUCACCAAUUGGUACAUUUUGUUUUUUGAAAGAGGUGGGAUCCAAAAAAGCUGUUUCUAGCCACACUCCAAGCACCUGAGACUUUGGGCACAAGGACACUUUUUUUUUUUGAAAUCUCACCACACGGGUGCUCUGACCUGCUUGGAAGAGGCCGAUGGGGCAGCUUUGGAAGGGCUGGGGCUCCCCUUACAAGGCGCUGGGGCCACAGCUCUAUUUAGAAUCAUCUUCGUGGACCCUGAUAUUAGAAUCCCACCCCCAGAUAAUUACCUUUCAAGUCUUAGGUGAGCAGAAUUGCAUAUUUAUUGAGAAAAACAAAGUGGACCCUUUCUUCCUCUCCCCUUAGUAAUUUAUUUUUCUGAAAAUGGAUUCUUUUGUGUUUGUACAGAUUGCCAGUCUGUGUCUGUCUGAUCAGAAGGAUGUCUCCCUGUGACCUAACAUUCCAUAUCACUACACUGGCACGGGCGGGGUCCAGCAGGGUGGGGCUGUGGUGGGGCGGGCGCCAGGCCGGCUGUCCCUCUGAGUGCCCAGCACCGCCAAGCAGGAGGACCUCACCCAUACCCACUGCAAAACAAAGACAAAUACUCACGGCUCCCCCCACCCUCACCCCAUUCCACAGAAGCCCCAGUCACAGCCACCUGUACUCUACCUCACACUCCAGCGGGGGCUUUUUCCAGGAUGUGCCCUGAGCCUGUUCUGAAUGGCUGUCUCCCAACUCCCCCCACACUGUGUCUGCCGGGGAGUUAAGUCCAGAUGGGUGGCAGAAGCUGGAGCCCAGAGAGGGCCCCGGCCCUCCCAGCAGCUAGACAGGACCGAGCACUGGGAGACGGCAGCCAGUCAGUAGGGUCCUUGCCCUCACCCUGCCCCCAGGGAGCCAGGUUGAACAUUUCGCACAGACCCAGGGCCCUCGGACACCUGCUAGGAAAGGCCCAUUUCUUCAGGGUGAGCCCCUGGGUGGACUGCAGCUCCCAUCCCUGGCUCCCAUGGUUGAAAUAAAGGGAUCAUCAACAGAAGUGGAGAAGCCACUUGGGUUCUCCUAGGGCUACCCCUUCUUCUGAAGGGAAUCAGUCCUAGAAGAAAUCCAAAAUUCCUGGAGUGUGAAAAGGGGCAAAGAAAAGGCUGGCCUGGUUUCCUUCCUCUCAAUAGGCACUUCCUCUUGCUCAGUGCAAUACCUACCAGUGCUGCUAAAACCAGGGAUUCGCCCAGACCUCAGAAGGCCCAUGGGGCCUCUCCGUGCAACACUCCGUAGCCAUGACAGCAGCCCUCUGCUGCCCGCCCCUGCCCAGAGCUGGCAGAAGCCCUCUGUUGCCUUUCCUCCCUCAGAGCAAAGAGGCCCCAGGGGAGCCGGGGCCGAGCGGACCCUAUGAUGGCCACAGAGAGCCACUAGACCCCAGAACAGGCACCCCUUCCCAAACCAGCUUCUCUGCAGCCAACUGCCUCCUGGCACUGUGGCAGACCACCCUCAGGAGGGGUGGGGAUGGGGCUCCAGCAUGGGUGCCCCACCCUGCCUGGAAUCCAGAAACUCUGAAAGGUAGGGUGCCCUACCCUUUGCUUACUUCCAGCCCCUAGAGGUUAGGGAUGGUCUUUUCUCUCUCAAGUGGCCUCCAACACCCCACCCCAACACCACCUCUGCCUUCCAACUGACCCAUCCCCAGGCCUCCGGUCAGGGCCAGGACACCCAAGACUCCCUCUUAGCACAGCACAAACUCCAGUGCCCAAGGCCUCUCUCACACCCCGGCCAUCCACACACCCAGCCCCCACCUGCUCAGUACACUCCCUGACGUUUGAAUUUGUGUAAAUAUUUAUUUUUGUGUGUGAACAAUAUUACAAAGUAAUCAGUAGAUCUUUCGCAAAAUGUUACCCCAGGCAAUUUGUGAAAAUCUUAAUGUUGAAAACUGGCAGAGACAAUCGCCGCCUUAGAAUUCUUGCUAUCAAUUGCUUAACAUGUCAUUUCUCCUCCCAGAGGCAGUAACCAAGCCAGGCACGAACGGUUUGCUUUUCUUGACAGGGGAAAGAUUCGGGAAGGGGCUCCCGCCACCACCACACAAGGGAUUAGAUUUAAAGAUCAAUGUAAGCUACAGUUUGAAGUCGUGUUUUUCUGAGUUCAGGCUGCCCGAACUGACCACCUUCAGCUGGCCUAGUACUGCGGUAAGAGCGGAGGCUCAAUGCGUUUUAAAGGAAAGGAAAGCCAGUGGUACUUAGUCCACCACUGGGGCUUCCAGCGGCCCCUCCAGGACGGGAUUGCAUUGCGUUGACCCCACCUCUCGGGUGGGCUCCUUCCCAGUGAAGCUACACCGGAAGCCCUGGAGAUGGCAGAAUCAGGAGCAAGUUACUGUGUGGAAACAGGAUUCCAUUAGCUAGUUCAGUCAGGGAACUUGUUCUGUUUUGCUUUUGUUUUCAAAGAUGCAGCUUCAACCCUGUCCCUCUCCUCCAGACUUGGCGAGCACCCAAGAAGCUGGUUCUGAUGAACCUCACUCCUGCUGUCCCACCCUCACCCCAGGGACUGCCUUCUCCCAAAGCCCUGCCCCACAGCCAUUUAAAAUUCUUAUGGAGGGAGGGCCUCGGGGCACAAAUGAGUCAUUUGGGAUCUCAAGCUAAAAAGGUAAAGCAAGAGUAGAACACACCAAUUCCAGAGUCUUUGCAGGGGGGAAAUCCCACAAGAAGGGCGCAAUCAGGAGAAUGGGGAUUGGUCUUAGUGAGAUCAUCUGGUAGAGCAGAAAUAAUGUGAUACAUCUGAAAUUCAUUUGCCCUCACCACUCCUACAAACAGUGUACACCCAAGGACAGCAUGGAGGGGGCGGACAGGCAGGGGCUAGGAGGGCUUCAGAGGAUUUCAGACAGGUUGAACCCAGCCAUCCCUAUUCCCAAGGGCCACUUACGACUCCAGGGGUGGUUAUAGGAUUAACUACCAGUUCAUCUUCAAAAUGCUGCUUUGAACUCAGAGGGUUGAUACUUUUCAUUUGUAAUUUUUUGUAAAACUUUUUACAAGAUAGUAAAGUAUUUCACCAGAAUACCAGUUUCAAUCCGUCCAUGGUCUGAUUUUUAUAUAAUUUAGUGGUGCUUUAGAAACUUUGUUUUCGUUGUUUCUGAGCUAUAUAGCUCAAUCCUUUUUCGCCUGUAUCUACCUAAGACCAAUGUGAACCUUUGUAUUUUUGCUCCUAAUUUUGGACUCAGUGAAAGUGUACUGUUUACAUGUACAGAUGCCCCAGCCCCUGUGUGUUCUGCAAGACUCGCUCAUGAGGAGGAAGGUGCACCUCACUAAGCUCAUCUGCUUAGCAAAGCCACAAAACAAAAACCUCUCUCGCUUUUUACCUGUUUCCACCUAAAAACAAAAACUAAAAACCUACACCACAGAGAACUCAGAUUUGCUGAAAAACACUUUUCAAAGCUCAGACAAAUCUCCAUGCGGCAGAUGGCCCAUAUGUGUCUAUCAUGUGGUCCAUUUAGAAGCAGGGGUCAGAACAGAGACCUCCUGUGGCCGCUAGUGGGGGACUGUGCGGACUUUUCCUAUGAAAAGUGAAGGCGGGACUUCACUGCAGAGCUGUGGAUGGUUUUCUCAGCAGCCUGGGAAUAAGAAGGUCAAGAUGACGUGACCUUCAGGAUCAAGCCAACCAGGACUUAGGGACAACCCAAGGGGUCAUCAGUCCUCUGGCAUAAUUCGGACAUGUUUUAAAAGAGCGCAAGUUCCCUCUGAGACAAGAUUUUAAGACUCUCCAGUGCAGGCGGCACAAGCAUUUCUUCAGGGUUCCACUGGAGGCUGGAGGCACCUUGUGCAUAAGGCAUCAGCUCCGGGGGGAAGGGGGAAUUGGGGGCUCCAGAUGGUAAGCAUAUGGCACUUAAGGCAAACAGUGGAUGGCACCAACUUUUAAAGGUGACUCUUUAUUACUUAAUCAGUGGCUUCACCUCUAAAUUAUAUUUUUACAGAUAUGCACCUAUGCAACUUAACGUGGCUCUUCUAAGCAGGUGAGGACUUCCUCCUCAAUGCUCUAUACAAAUUCUUUGUGUUCUAUAUAGUGAGUUUUUCCAGUAAAUGUGGCUUAAUAUUUUAAUUCUUAGACUGUGUCUUCUCUAUGUGAUGCAACUAAAUUCUGUUUUGUUUGUGGAAUGACUAGCACAGGCCAACUCCCUCUCCCCUCACUUAACAAAAGACCAAUGAGCUGUUAAUCGAGCUGUUAUCUCCAUGGUAUUACUUGCUAAAUGCACUGAUUUCAUAAGUAUGUGGAAUCCUUUUUCUUUUGAAUCUGUAUAUCAUAUAUAAGACUGAAUCUACUUAAUAAACACUGAAUAACAAACCGAA